AAAGAUCAGAAUGGAAGGUGUUCUUAAGGAGAUACUCGAUCUGCAGAGAGAUUGGAUGGCCAGUCAACUGCUCGAACAUCCACGUGCAAUGGAGGAGCAGUUUUGAUUACUCACAAUGCCACUGCACAAGCUUCAAAACAUCUGCAGGAAGCUCUUCUAUCCACAUCGAAGGACCAAUUCCAUUGUUGUGGUCAAAGAAGGCAAACAUGAAGCUGUGGAAGCAAUUGCUCUUGAUGACUCUAAGUCAGUGGAUAAACCGGAGUCAGUGGUUGAGGCCAAUUACACUGUGAGAUAUCAAUCUUCUAAUAGAAAGAGCCAGUUUCCAUCACAAAGAAAUCCUGCGUUUAUACCUGUUGCUAUAAGAAUUGAGGAAAUUGCAAAAGGAUGUGGCUAAUACUGUGAUAAGCCAUUGGAGGAAGGACAUAAGUGUGAAAGUAAGGUGACUCGGCCCUUUCUGAUGGGAAUUCUGAGAGAAAGAAGCUGAUAAGUUUGAGAUGUCUGAUUGCAACCCAAUGGCUGACAGUGAUCCAUCAAUGUUAAUCCAUGAUAUUUUUGAACGCAAUGUAUAUCAGAUGAUAAGGGUCACUGAUCAAGUGUGUAACAAAGAAAUGCAACUGUUGAUA